AUGGAAUGUGCACCGGCAGAGCUGGUGUAUGGGACGACACUCCGCCUUCCCGGUGACCUCCUUUCAUCGUGCUCUACUGCCGCGCCACCCGAUUUCGCAUCAUACGCCGAUCGCCUGCGUGCCACCAUGCAAGACCUGCGACCGACGCCACCCGACCUCCGUCUGCUCGGCAUGCCUAUCGACACCCAGACCUCGACACCAGCUCCCAUGUUUUUGUCCGCCACGACGGCUCUCGUACGUGCCUGCAGCACCCUUACGACGGCCCAUACCGAGUCAUCAGCCGCUCAUCCAAACACUUCACCGUGGACAUCGCCGGCCGCCACCAGGUGGUCUCCGCGGACCGCGUCAAGCCCGCCUUCAUCGAAAAUGUUCCCACUGUUUCCGCCGCCCAACCUCUUCACCACUCCCGCCUAG